AUGAACUCUAAAAGCGAAACUGACGAAGCUUCAAGGGGGAGCGAAGCAUCAUCGUCAAAUUCUGAUCCAACCCCAGACAGUUCAAAAGAGGAUUCAUCACCUAGUUUAUGUUCAGAUUCACAUUCAGAUAAUACUCAGGACAUAAUGAAACGGGCUGCUGCAAAACAGUUGAUUGAAAGAUAUUUCUAUCAGUUGGUGGAUGGGUGCGGCAAUCCUAAUUGCGACAAUAAAUAUUGUGCUUCAAGUGGCGAGGCAAGAAAUUUGACACCAAAUGAAGCAGCGGCCGAAGCAAUAAAAUUGUUUUACAAAGAAGCUCGUCUUUGUGAUAGCUUGCCUAAUAAAGUACCACGUAUUGAAGCUGCAUGCUGUGAAUCUAGUACUAGCAAUACAACAAACACAAAAGAAAAGACAAACAAAGAUGAAAAGAAUUUAAACACGCCAUCAUCUAGUACAGCAUCAGGUCAAAGUGGAGAAAUGAAGGCGGGAACUAGUCAAAGUUUAUCUCAAUUUGUUUAUAAGAAUCUAAGUUUUAGUAAUGGUGCACCACUAACCGAAGACAGAAUGUAUCAAUUAUGUGACGACUGCAUUAACAAUAAAUCUCCCCAAUCUCUAAUAAAGGCUCUCGCUGAAGCAUUUACGCAACCGCCUAUUUUAGCCAGAAGUUUUGCAACUAAAGUGAAUACAGAUCACAUAAGUACUAAAGAGGAAAAGACAGCUAAAGAGUCCAAAGCAAUGUGUUCAAGUGAUCCAGAUAAAGAUAUUGAUUGCUCUUCAAAACCUGCUCUAGAUGUAGCUUCUUGUAGGAGAGCAUUUGAGUACCUUUCUAAAGUGCCAUCAGAGAAGUAUAACUCUACAUUAGUGUUAAUACUAGCGACAUUAGCGGAAUAUAUACAAUUGGACAUUCGCGUAGGGAAGAUGCCGAUAGAUGAUAUAAUUAAUUGUUUUGUGAUUGCGUUUGAAGUGAAGGACCUUGGUUGUAGUGACUAUUUAGAAGUUGCCUUACCAGCUCUUUGUGAUGCUGCUGAACAUUUGCCAAUAAAAGGCCAAGCGAAAUUGGCACGCAUUUGGGGUCAAGAGUGCAAGGAAAGCCUGAGACACAUACUAGAAAUGUUGCAGCAGUUAAUCACCCUGAGAGUUAUCUCGACACAUUACACAAGAACCUUCCAGGUGCAAGAUGACGAAAGCGUCACAAAAGCUACUAAACUUAUGAAGAUAGUCUACUAUGCGAACAUGAUAGCUGGUGUCAUGGAACCCAAUACGUUACGAGAGGAACCAGUCGUUAUUACCAACCAAUUGGACCCCCUUGGGGACGCUUUGGAUCAUCUUUAUCCCUUAUCAUCUAUUAAAAACUCAAAACACUCGCAGCCUAAAGAUCCUUUAGCUAUUGAAUUAGGUGUAAAUGUACUAGACGCUAGAAAACCAUAUUUGCCUUUCGAAGAGUUUUACAAUGAGCCACUCAGUGAUACUAUUGAAAUGGAUGUCGACUUUGCCAACUAUAAAACGGAUACUAGUGGGGGUAAAAAGUUCUCAUUCCUGAAAUAUCCGUUUAUAUUGACCGCUGCGACCAAGUCCUUAGGUCUUUAUUACGAGAACCGUAUCAGAAUGUAUUCGGAACGACGGGUGUCCUUGUUGCACGCAGUGGUUGGGGCCUCGCCCCCGAUGCCAUUCCUAAAACUCAAAGUGAGAAGGUCACAUAUCAUUGAUGACGCUUUGGUCGAGUUGGAAAUGAUAGCAAUGGAACGCGCGUUAGAUCUGAAGAAGCAAUUGGUGGUAGAGUUUGAAGGCGAACAAGGUGUGGAUGAGGGCGGUGUCAGCAAGGAGUUCUUUCAACUCAUUGUCGAAGAGAUCUUCAACCCUGAUUAUGGCAUGUUCACGCAGCAGGUCGAUUCUCAUACAGUAUGGUUCAACCCCACGUCUUUUGAGACGGAAGCCCAAUUCACCCUUAUAGGCAUCGUUCUUGGCCUAGCUAUAUACAAUAAUAUUAUACUAGCUGUUAAUUUCCCCAUGGUCGUGUAUAGAAAGCUCAUGGGGAAAAAGGGGUCAUUUGAGGAUUUAGCUGAUUGGAAUCCUAUUCUGUAUAAUGGCCUAAAAGAUAUGCUGGACUACACUGGUGCUGAUUUGACGGACGUGUACUAUCAGACGUUCAGGAUAUGCUAUACAGAUGUGUUCGGAAACAACAUAUUUCACGAUCUCAAAGAAAAUGGCGACAGUUUAUUUGUAACGCAAGAGAACAAACAGGAGUUUGUAGAGUUAUACGCAGAGUUCCUCCUAAAUAAAUCUGUAGAAACGCAGUUCAAGGCAUUUAGGCGAGGUUUCGUCAUGGUCACAGAUGAGAGCCAGCUCACAACUCUGUUUAGGGCGGAAGAAGUUGAGACGUUAGUUUGUGGUAGUAAGAAUUUCGACUUCAACGAACUAGAAAAAUCGACGGAGUACGACGGAGGCUACACGUCCGACUCCACGACAAUCAAAGACUUCUGGAGCAUCGUCCACAGUCUGUCCUUGGAGGACAAACGGAAGUUGCUCCAGUUCACAACCGGCUCAGACCGCGUCCCCGUCGGCGGGCUGAGCCACUUGAAACUAGUUAUAGCCAGAAAUGGACCAGACUGUGAUCGCCUACCGACCGCCCACACUUGCUUCAACGUCCUCCUGCUCCCGGAGUACGAGAACAAGGACAAACUCCAAGACAGACUGAUGAAGGCAAUAAGUUACUCAAAAGGCUUCGGGAUGCUUUAA